AUGUCUGAGAACGAGAAGCACACCCCGGAGGAGGUCCCCGUCAAGGAGUCCUCCCUCCCCGCUCCCGCUGCCACUCCCGACUCCGUUGCGGAGCCCGAGAAGAAGAAGCGCGAGUACAAGGACAUGGAGGAGAAGCACGAAGGCGAUGCCCACGCCAAGGUUGACCUCAACACCAUUACCCUGACUGCCGGUGACCUGUACGACAAGGACAAGGUCGACAUUGAGCACGUUGUCAUGGAGGAGGUCUUCCAGCUCCUCCAGUGUGACGACAAGGGUCUCACCGCCACCGAGGCUGCCAACCGUAUUGGCAUCUUCGGCCCCAACAAGCUCGAGGAGAAGUCGGAGAACGUCUUCCUCCAGUUCCUCUCGUUCAUGUGGAACCCCCUCUCGUGGGUCAUGGAGGGUGCCGCCCUCGUCGCCAUCGCUCUUUCGAACGGUGGUGGCAAGCCCCCAGACUGGCCCGACUUUGUCGGUAUUAUUCUCCUUCUCCUCGUCAACUCGACCAUUGGUUUCGUCGAGGAGCGCAACGCCGGUAACGCCGUCAAGGCCCUCAUGGACUCGCUCGCCCCCAAGGCCCGCGUGAAGCGUGACGGUGUUUGGGCCGAGGUCGAGUCCGCUGAGCUUGUUCCCGGUGACCUCGUCGCCUUCAAGCACGGUGACAUUUGCCCCGCCGACUGCCGUCUCGUUGAGGCCAUUGAUGUUUCCAUGGACCAGGCCGCCCUUACCGGCGAGUCGCUUCCCCAGGGCAAGAAGGAGGGUGACGAGUGCUUCUCGGGCUCGACCUGUAAGCAGGGCGAGUGUGAGGGUAUCGUCAUCUCGACCGGUCCCAACACCUUCUUCGGCCGUGCCGCCACCCUUGUCGGCCAGGACAACGACCAGACUGGACACCUCCAGAUGGUUCUUGCCCGCAUCGGUUCGUUCUGCCUGGUCUCCAUCGGUAUCUUCGUCGUCCUCGAGAUCAUCAUCCUCUACGGUGCCCCCUCGUUCCGCUACUCUUACCGCGACGGUCUUGACAACAUUCUUGUCCUCUUGAUCGGUGGUAUCCCCAUUGCCAUGCCCACUGUCCUUUCGGUUACCCUCGCCGUCGGUGCCCAGCAGCUCGCCAAGCACAAGGCCAUCGUCACCCGUAUCACUGCCAUUGAGGAGCUUGCCGGUGUCACCAUCCUCUGCUCGGACAAGACCGGUACCCUCACCACCAACAAGCUUACCAUCGACAAGGAGAACGUCAAGUGCUACUCGCACUGGGACGUCGAGGGCGUCUGCCUCCUCGCCGCCUACGCUUCGCGUACCGAGAACCAGGACGCCAUCGACGGCUGUGUUGUCGGCACCCUCGCCAACCCCGCCGACGCCCGCAACGGCAUCGAGCUCCUCGACUUCAAGCCCUUCAACCCCGUUGACAAGCGUACCGAGAUCACCUACCGCGACCACGCCGACGGCAACAAGCUCAAGCGUGCCACCAAGGGUAUGACUGGUAUCAUCAUUGAGCUCUGCUCGCGCAACAAGACUUCCGAGCUCGAGGACCGCCUCGAGGCCGACGUUGAGGAGUUUGCCCGCCGUGGUCUCCGUGCCCUCGCUGUCGCUUACGAGGAUGUCCUCGGUGAGACCCCCGACGCCCCCGGCUCCGGCUUUGAGCUUGUUGGUCUCCUCUCGAUCUUCGACCCCCCUCGUUCGGACACCAAGCAGACUAUCGACGACGCCAUGGCCCUCGGUGUCAAGGUCAAGAUGGUUACCGGUGACCAGCUCGCUAUCGCCAAGGAGACUGGUCGCCGUCUUGGUCUCGGUGACCACAUGUACCCCGCCAAGGUCCUCAAGGACGGCCCCGAGCCCGGCUCCAAGCACGCCAACCUCGACGAGAUGAUCAUGGACGCCGACGGUUUCGCCGGUGUCUUCCCCGAGCACAAGUUCGAGAUUGUCAAGCGUAUCCAGGCCCUCGGCCACCUCUGUGCCAUGACUGGUGACGGUGCCAACGACGCCCCCGCUCUUUCGCGUGCCAACGUCGGUAUUGCCGUCGAGGGUGCUACCGACGCUGCCCGUGGCGCCGCCGACAUUGUCCUUACCGAGCCCGGACUUUCGACCAUUGUCCACGCCAUCUACGGCUCGCGUGUCAUCUUCCAGCGUAUGCGUAACUACGCCAUCUACGCCUGUGCCGUCACCAUCCGUAUCGUCUUCGGCUUCGCUCUCAUGGCCUUCAUCUGGAAGUUCAACUUCCCUCCCUUCAUGGUCCUUAUCAUCGCUGUUCUCAACGACGGUACCAUCAUGACUCUCUCGCUCGACCGUGUCCUUCCCUCGACCACCCCCGACUCUUGGGACCUCGCUGAGGUCUUCGCCUUCGGUAUCGCUUACGGUGUCUACCUUGCCGUCUCGACCAUUGCUCUCUACGCCGUCAUGCAGGAGACCACCUGGUUCGAGGACACCUUCCACGUCCAGCGCGCCGCCGACGACAACAAGAUCUCGCACAUGGUUAUCUACCUCCAGGUUGCUAUCAUCUCGCAGGCUCUCAUCUUCGUCACCCGUUCGCACGGCCCCUCGUGGACUGAGCGUCCCUCGGUUGCCCUCAUGGCCGCCUUCUGUCUCGCCCAGCUUAUCUCGUCCAUCAUUGCCGCCUUUGGCGACUGGGGCUUCACCAAGGUCCAGGGUAUUGAGGGUGGCUGGAUCGGUAUUGUCUGGAUCUGGAACAUCGUUUGGUACGUUCCUCUCGACCUCAUCAAGUUCAUCAUGAAGAAGACCGUCAUCGCUUGGCUCCAGGCCCGCAAGGCCGCCAAGCAGCCCGAGGCCCUCGUCGACGAGAACGGUGAGCGUCUCCACCGCACCGCCUCGCGUCACGAGUCGCUCUACUCGAACCGCACCUCGUUCCUCGGCCGUGCCGCCGGCGCCCUCAAGGGUGGUGCCAAGGUCAACAUGUCCAAGAACGAGCUCCAGCGCUUCUCGUCCAUCCAGGCCCAGCAGUCGGGUGCCGCCCUCGCCCGCGGCGCUUCGCGUCACUAG